AUGACACGAUUAACUCUGCCGCAAGCGACGCUGCGGAUUUUCCAGCGGCAGCAGCAGACAAUAGCACAGGGAGGAGGUAGCAUCGGGCUCCCUCUCCGGCCAGAAUCCGGGAAUGCGCCUCAAAACCAGCCCCGAAAUCCUCCAGGAGAUCCAAAAAUAUAGUUUCAAAAGGAGGAUCGAGGAAUAAGGUUGUAAACGAAUGGCUUAGGACCGCUGUCGUGAAUGAGAAGGAGACCGAGAGAUGCGACGUUGCAGCUUUUCACCCAGAUGGUGCUGAAACGGAUGCUGUCAAUGCAAACAGGGCGGAUGCUAGCAGAGAGGAAGAUACCGAGGAGAUAUUUCACCAGAUUCUCAAACCCGUAGUUCGUCGUUACGUGUAUCCCUGCAUCAAAGGCGUUUCUUCCCAACAUAUUGGGUCAUACCGGCCAGACGGCUCCAGCACCGCGGGUUCGGUGAAAGGGAAAGAAGAAGCGGAGAGGGGAGUCGGUGAAAGCAUCAGCGAGCUGCAGUAGGGACAGAAGCGGGGAAUACGUGGGCUGCAGGCCUUAAUCUGUGGAGCCGGGGUUGUUUGCAGACUGAACUCAUCCACUUCCACCUACAUAAGAAACUGAAGAGAAGCGGCAGCAAGAUGCACACCAAGGCUGACAGCGCGCCGGGCGCCGAGGCCGCGCCGGAGCCGGCUAUAGGGACCAUAGAGGCGGAGUUCGUGACACCGCAAGACGAGGGCCUUGAUGACGAACUGGAGAGACUGGUGGAUGAGAAUGAAGAUCUAAAGGUUUGGCAUCACUGACAUUCAAUAAUAUGAAAUGUAUACAAACACAUUGUUUUUGCAGAUACAGUAACUGAACUGGUAGGCCACUUUCUGUUUGAUAAGAUUGAAUUCAGGCCUAUUCCCCAAAGUUUGGCAUCACUAACAUAUGCUCAUAUAUUCCAAUGUAAUCUUAUAUAUAUUAGCAUAAGUGAAAAGGUAGGCUUAUGUCAUGUUUGAUGAUAACACUGCAACUGAGAUAUUAUUGAUAUGCCAGGCAUAUUCCCCAAGGUUUAUCAUUAGGGAUAUACUGGAAAACUGUAUGUUGAUACAAUGAAGCAAGCUUAUUUUUUAGCCCACUGGGUAGGCUAAGUGAACAGUUAUUAUUCUUUCCGUAACAUAUGCAAAGAACUGAUGUAGAAAUGUGCCUAGUUCCCUUGGUUUGUUAUUGAUGCUUGCCAGAGCUAAAUGAUUUAGGUAGGCCUAUAGCCACAAGGCAAAACACUCUUCCCUAUUCAGAACAAUAAAUAGCACAAUCUUGUGUUUAGCCUACUUCUAUUCAUUGAUGACAUAAUAUUAAUAAGACCCUAUUGAUCGGUUCAGAUGAGCUUUUCUAUAUCCAAUUACAUCAUCUUCAGAGGACCUAAACACUCCAACAACACCAAUAAUAUUUAAGUGUGAGCGCCACGCCCCCUGUUGGCUAGCAGUGCCUGAUUGGCUGAUCACUCAUAUUGAUGUCCCAGAUGGAGAUCGAGGAGAUGAGGACGGAGAUGGACGAGAUGCGUGACACCUUCUAUGAGGAGGACACGUGCCAGCUGCAGGAAAUGAGGCGCGAGCUGGAGCGAGCCAAUAAAAACUGCCGGAUCCUCCAGUACCGGCUGAGGAAGGCUGAGAGGAAGAAGCUGCGCUACGCCCAGACAGGAGAGAUCGACGAGGAGUUACUGAGGAGCCUGGAGCAGGACCUGAAGGUAGGGAAGGAGUGUGUGUAUGUUUGUUUGUGUGUCCGUAGGCUUGAUGUUGAAACUCAUUUUAUUAGUUGCUUAAUGCGCUGUCCAUUCACCUCCAUAAUUAAUUCAAUCAACUUCAAUCAACGUCCCUGAUUCUGUGUAAUGCAGGUAGCGAAGGAUGUGUCUGUGAGACUGCACCAUGAGCUGGAGAAUGUGGAGGAGAAACGCACAAAGACAGAGGACGAGAAUGAGAAUCUGAGGCAGAAACUCAUCGAGGUGGAGGUGACCAAACAGGCACUUCAGAAUGAGCUGGACAAAGUCAGGGAGGUAAGAACACCCACCCACAAUACAUUAAACAAUCUAUACAGCACAUAGUUUUCUGGAAUACUCAUAUUACAUCAUGUGUUUAUUAUGUUAUUCAAUUCCCAACAGUCUCAGAAGAAAAGAGGAAGCAAGGAGGUCCAAAAGUCAGACAAGAAGCCUGCCCAGACCCCAACAGAAGUGAGGGAUCACCAUGAAAUGCUUUUAGAAAACAAUAAAAAGUGUUUUUUUCCAAACAUGAGCGAGAGUUGUGUCUAGUGUACAUCUGAACUGUAUUAUCUUCCUUCCAAUUUCCCCUCUCUCAGGAUGACAACGAUGAUCUCAAGUGCCAACUGGCCUUCAUCAAAGAGGAGGCUGUGUUGUUGAGGAAGAAGACAGCUAAGAUCGACAAGGAGAAGGACCGGCUGGAGACGGAGCUACAGAAGUACCGCUCCUUCUACGGGGACCUGGACAGCCCCCACCCCAAGGGUGAGGCCGGGGGACCCCCCACCACCCGUGAGUCCGAACUGAAGCUGCGUCUGCGCCUGGUGGAGGAGGAGGCUAACAUCCUGGGGAGGAAGAUCGUGGAGCUGGAGGUGAGCAAGACAGGAUGUGAUGCAGAGGGUUUUAUGUAGGUUGUGACAUGAAAGAGACCAGGAAAUAAGUUUGCACAUGGGAACACAACUGUUCCAAGCAUUUCUGCCAGUUCCGUUCAGAAGGUGCUUACAGAGAGAGGAAGCUAGUGAUUCAUAACAUAACUGACCAAUCCGUCUUCAUGUCAUGUGUUUCCAGGUGGAGAACCGGGGUCUGAGGGCGGAGUUGGAUGACCUCAGGGGUGAAGGGGAGGGAGAAGGCGGGUCCGGUGGGGGGGCUGUGGGCGGGGUGGGGUCGGGCCGGGGCCACGGGGAGGCCAUGACAGAGCUGAGGCAGCAGCUGCAGCUGGUGGAGGACGAGGCAGAGCUACUAAGGAGGAACCUGGCUGACGCUGAAGAUCACAACAAGAGGGUGACGGGAGAACUAAACAAGCUCAGGUUCAAGGCCGGGACCCACGAGGGAGGUGCAAGGCAUGGAGGAGGGGCGCCAGGAGCAGGAGGAGUAUGCUCGGAGAAGGCAGAGGCACUGCAGGAGGAACUGAAGACUGCCCGGCUACAGAUUAAUGAUCUCAGUGGGAAGGUGGGUCGGUCUUCCACAUUUGUUUUUCUGGUUUAUUUCUGUGACCUUUAACAUGCAUUGAAAGUCAAAAUGGCUGUACAGACAAUAUGGUAAACAAAAAGAUAUCGCUGGAAUCAAAGCUGAAAACAAAGAUCAAACGUCAUAAACAUAUCAUGCCUCAUUCAGCCAGUCCUAUUCUCUCUCCCAGGUGAUGCAGCUGCAGUAUGAGAACCGUGUUCUGCUCUCCAACAUGCAGCGCUACGACCUGGCCUCCAACCUGGCCCUUAGGGGGGGCAUCAGCCCUUGGGACAGGGAUGCAGAGAGUGACGCAGGUGGGACCAGCCCAAGUGGGCGCCGCGAAAGUGAUGAUGACUCCUCCUCCUCUCGCCUCCUGCCCCCGCACCGCAAACGUGAGGGCCCAGUGGGCGGGGAGAGUGACUCGGACGAGGUGCGGAACCAAACUCGCUGCCUCACGCCCACCCGGGGUCUCUACACCCCACCCCCAGAGACCGCCACCCGCUUCCUGCCCCGCAGCCUACGGGAUCGCCAGCAGAUGAUUGACAUACGGGUGGAGGCGGAGCGUCUUGGCAGGACCAUCGACCGGCUCAUCACCGACACGGCAACUAUCAUCGCAGAGGCGCGGGUGUACGUUUCCAACAGCAACCUGUAUGGGCGGGGUGAGGAGGAGGAGGGGGGUGGGGGGAUCAGGGAGCAUGAGCUGCUGUACAGGAUCAAUGCCCAGAUGAAGGCCUUCAGGAAGGAGCUACAAGGCUUAAUAGACAGACUGGAGGUGCCCAAACCUGAGGACAGGGAGGAGGAGCCACUGUCGGUAAGUGUGUGUGUGUGUGUAUGCAUGUAGAGAUGUAGACUUGACCAUGCCUGUUUGGCUGUAUCAGCAUAGUCUCUUCACUAGUCUGUGGCCAUUGAAUACUCUGCUGACUUUAUUCUCCUUCUUUCUCUGACCCUAUUUUCCCUCUCGUUUCUCCUCCGUUGACACUCCUGUUCUGUUCAUCCUCUGUCCAGAUGUUUCAGCCCAUUAUUUUACUCAUCCUCAUCCUCGUCUUAUUCUCCUCCCACUCUUAUGCCACCAUCUUUAAACUUGUCUUUCUGUUUACCCUUUUCUUUGUCCUGUGA